AUGUUUCCCGAUAACGAUAAUGAAACAACAUUUCACGAAAAUAUUAAAAAGACUCACAAAGAGAAGCAAAUCGAAGUUAUCAAAAUUAAGUCAUUCGAUGCACUUAUUAAUUUAAACCAUGAAAAGAUGAUGAAUUUUGACUUCAUUUACAUUGAUGGUUCUCAUGAAUCUCAUGAUGUGCUAUCAGAUGUUAUUUUAUCAUGGAAUCUUUUGAAAGAAGGAGGAAUAAUGAUUCUUGACGACUAUGAGUUGGAUUUUUUCGAAGAGGAAUAUCAUAAUCCUAGAAUAGCAAUUGAUUCGUUCCUUAAAUGUUAUCAGACACAAAUAGAAAUAAUUUUCAAAAAUUAUCAAGUGGCAGUUAAGAAAGUUGUUAAGGAAUGCACUCGAACUGUCAGAGAAGGCAAAUUCAUCCCUUGA